AUGGGCCUAACUCUAUCAAAUCCAUUUGGGGUGUUUGAUAAGGAAGGGGAAGCAGGCCUUAUGCAGCCAUCUUUAUUAAAAGUUUCUAAUGGACUUGUGAAGUCUGGACAUUUGGUGGGAGUGACUGUGUUGAAGAAUGAUUGUGGUCUUGAUAUUACAAUUAGAGUUGAAGAGGAUCUAAUGGAGGCUGUCCAGAGAGGUCUUCAACACGUGGCAAAGUCGGACGAGAUAGUGUCUUCAAUUAAUGCAAUUCCCAUGCAAGAGCAGGCACACAAAAGUAUCUUUGCGGACGUUCUUAUGGAUAAGGCGAGCUUUAAAGCUUGUCCCUCUCAGACUCGAGCUAGCGGUAACAAAGCCCGACGACUGGCUCAGUUGUUGGGGUUUAAAAAUUUUAAAGUUGUUGAAGCUCAAGGUUUUAACAGUGGUUUGUGGGUUCUGUGGGAUGAUUAUAAAUGGUGUUUCGAGAUUUUGAAACUUCAUGAUCAGUUUCUCCAUUUAUGCUUGGAUGAUGGUACUUGCAAGAAGUUCUUUGCGGCUGCUUACGUUAGUCCAAAUGCCAUCAAGCUUCGAACUUUGUGGGCUGAAUUGAGAAAUAUUAAUGAGGAGAUUGAUGCUGCAUGGUGCAUAGGAGGUGAUUUCAACAGUACUUUGUUUACCUAUGAUCGAAAGUCUAUGUAUCGCAUAGGAGCUAGCAUUGAUCGCGACUUUGUUUGGUGGGUAGACGAGGUGGAAAUUUCUGAUUUGGGUUGUUUGGGUCCUUACUUCACUCGGCGUCGUGAAGGAAGUGAAAGUAGAAUUGAUUGUGUCUUUGGUAAUAAUGCUUUUAUUGAACAGUUCCCUAAUGCCUCUAGCUAUGAUGUUUUUGAGCAUCUUGGAAAGAGAAAAUGGCACUUGCCAAACAGACUUGGUGUUUUGAAUGGAGUAGUAGUGAAUUGUUUUAAUCCUUCGAAGAUGGAAAAAUUACAACCACAUAUUGGGAAAGAGCUAGAGGAGAUCUUGUUACAAGAGGAUCUUCUCUGGGGUCAAAAAGCAGAGUGUGAUUGGUUGUUCAAGGAGACAGAAAUUCCAAAUAUUUCCAUGCUCGAGCUAAUGCGAGAAGAGAGAAAAAAAGAGGCUUUGAAGAACCACUCCAAUGAUUGGGUUUAUGAUACAGGGGAAACAAUGCGUAUCGCUUUAAGCUUUUUUUUCAGAAUUUUUUUAGAGAAGAGGGAGGACGGGUGCGCUUGGAACGUGGCGAGAAGUCCUUCGCUCUGA